GGCAUCAUGUCAUAUGAGGCAGCUGAGCUGGCUGUGCGCAUUGCAUACGGUAGCUGCGCCUGGCCUCCUGUUCAUCCUCCAUCCAUCCGUCCACCACCCACCAGUGUCGCAGUCGAUCAACCUGCAUACAUCACAGCCAUGACGCUCACAAUGAGUGCGUGUAUGUCGCGCUGAUCUAGCUCAUCCCCUGCCCCCUUCUCACCCUCUUCAUCAUCAUGCUGCUGCUGCUGGCGGCCAUCGCCAUUGCCCUCUCCGUCGAUGUCGCCAUCCACAUCUGCACACUCAAGACACGCAAACAUACAAAUGGGCCCAAUCACACACACAUGUAUUCCACUCACCCUCAUCGCUGUCGCCGUCAUCAGCACCCUCAUCAUCAUCCUCUGCACACACACACACACAUACGAGUAGGACACCUAGCAAGGCGGGCUGGGCACCGCACACAGACCACUUACCCUCACCACUAUCGCCAUCGUCGCCAUCCGCACCCUCCUCUGCACACCACCACACGCACACCGAUUCAUCCGACCGACACACCGAGAUGGCCGCGGCCGCCUGCACACUCACCCUCAUCAGCGACUUCCUGCUGGUUGGCCACCAUAUCUGCGAUGGUGCUGCCCAGCGGGCCGCGCAUCAGAGGGGCGGUGGUCGGUCGGCAGUCCUUGAAGGCAUCCGAUGCAUCACCCACUGGCGACUCGGUGGUGAAGGCAAACACAGCCACUGCAUUCAGCGACACAGCACACGUCAAAGGAUGGCUCAAUCACCAGAGGAUCUUUGACCCCUUUCUAACCUAUGGUCGUGCCGGCCCAGGUGGCGAGAGUGACACACGCGACGAAUGGGCCGUCGAACGGCGUCAGCAGCAGAUGCCGAAGCUCUUCAGGGGGAUCCACAUCGUCACACUUGCCCGCCAUGAUGGCGGUGCAUCGGUUGGGGGUGGGGCGACUGGUUGAGGAGGCCGUCCAGCACACCGCCGUGAGCAUGACUGAGGAGACCAACACAUAACAGAGGGAAGAGACCUGAUAGAUGGCUCGAUGUGUGUCUGUCUAAGUGUCGUGUGCCCUGCGUACCGGUCCACGUCAACGCAAAGAGUGCACCCUUCAU